AUGGCCGACCGGGUUCGCUCACGCAACUCGCCUCACGUUCCCUACGAAUCCCAACUCACGGCGACGCAGGAACAUGCCGUACCGAGAAAGCCAACUCCGCCGGCGUCGGAGAAGCGCGUCCCGCCUUCGCCUGAUCAGGCCUACGUCAUCCAAAUCCCCAGGGACCAAGUCAUCCGCGUUCCUCCGUCAGAGAAUGCGCGCAGGAUGGAACAAUACGAUCGUCGGAAGAACCUCCGGAGUCCUUGCUGCUGCUUUCUCUGCUGGUUGAUGAGCCUUAUCCUCAUCAUCGGUAUCGCCGGCGGCGGCAUUCUCUACCUCCUUCAUCAUCUAAAAGCGCCCCGCUACACAGUUGACCGCAUUUCUAUUCACGGAAUGAAUCUCACUUCCACAGAGUCACAAGCGAUCUCGCCAGAGUUUGACAUCAUCCUUCGCGCCAAAAACCCGAAUAACAUCUUCGGGAUCUACUACGAGAAGGAUAGCACCGCGAAAGUGUACUACAAGGAGCUGAGGCUAGGUAGCGGCGCGUUACCAGCGUUUUACCAGCCGUCAAAUCAUGGAACGGCUUGCAAACGGCGUUAA